AUGCCGUCCGACACUGUCGAUCAGGUCGAGCCCGCUGCUCGCCCUCAUCACGAGCACCAUCACACCAUUAUUCCCGGCGAGGUCCCCGUCCCCCACGGCCCUCCCUCUAGCGACAGUGGUGAUGAUUCUACGUUCGGCACUACCCCAGAGGAGCGCCGCAUCUUCAGUCAUGUCACCCGUCCAGAUGACUCGUACACCCCCGAGGGUGUCUACUGGGCUGAUCUGCCUUUGGCCGAGCGCUUCAGGUUUGUCAACGCCGUUGAUCGACAGGCUGCCAAGGAGGAGCUUGUUACAAUCGGCGCCAUGGUGAAGAAGGAUCCCCUUUCGCCUAUCGGUUGGUACUUCCGCCAUGCUGUCAUCCCCGGGGCUGGUCUCGGUCUCGAGGGCUAUGUCCUCUUUUCCAUCGGUAACCUUGAGCCCCUGUUCAAGCAGGCUUGGCCAGAAUGCUGGGGCAAGCACCAGGUCUGCAGCCAAAACUGGCUCGCUUCAGUCACCUACCUCGAGAUCAUCGGCAUCAUGGUUGGCCAGGUUUUCGUCGGUGUUAUCGGUGAUUGGAUCGGUCGUCGCUGGGGUCUUAUCCAAGAUGCCGUCAUCAUGUUCAUUGGUCUGCUCAUGCUCACCGCCUCGUGGGGUCUGACGCUUCAGGGCUGGGUUAUCUGUUAUGCUUGGUCCCUGUUCUUCUACUCUCUCGGUGUUGGCGGGGAGUACCCCAUCACCGCUACCUCGUCCCUCGAAAAUGUCUCGUCUGCUGGCCGCCUCUCCACCAAGGAGGACCGACUGCACCGUGGCCGCCGUGUCACUAUGGCGUUCCUCAUGCAGGGCUGGGGCCAGUUUGUCAACCAAGUCCUGCUUAUAGUCCUUCUCGUCAUCUUCAACUCUGGCUCCGGCUCUCCUCCGUAUAGCCAUAGUGCAGCCCAGUACGCCUUCCGCCUGUCUUUUGCUUUCCCCGCUAUCGGUACUCUCUGGCUUGCCUACUACAGAACCUGGAAGAUGCCCAACCCUUCCAAGCAACUCGCUGCUGCUAAGGCCCGAACCUCGGUCACAGGCUACGAUGUUACUGCCCUGAAGUACUGCUUCACACACUUCGGUGGCCGUCUUAUCGCCACUGCCGGCGCCUGGUUUUGCAAUGACGUAUUCUUCUACGGAAACAAGCUCUUUCAGGGUCAAUUUAUCAGCGUUAUCUCACACGACCCUAAGAAUAUACUUACCAACUGGAGCUGGAACCUAGUCAACAUUGUCGUCUCUCUCGCGGGCUACUACAUGGCCUCAUUUCUUAUUGAUAACAAAAUGUACGGUCGCAAGAUGAUGCAGCAGGUCGGCUUCUUCAUGUGCUUCCUCAUGUUUGUCAUUCCUGCCUUCAAGUACGACUACUACACCAGUGAAGCCGGCAUACAUUCCUUCCAGACUAUGUACUUUCUCUCUUCUUUUUUCAACCAAUUCGGCCCCAACUCGGUUACCUUCCUCGUCGCUGGCGAAGUUUUCCCCACACCCAUCCGUGCCACUGCCCACGGAUUUUCCGCCUGCAUGGGCAAGGCUGGCGCUCUACUCGCCUCGGUUCUUUACAACUACAUUGACACUAAGACCAAAUUUCUCGUCGUCCCCUGGUUCGGUCUUGCCGGCAUGUUUCUGACCUACCUUUUCCUUCCCGACACCACUGGUCUCGACCUCAAGGAGCAGGAGCGUCGCUGGCGCUACAUUCGUGAAAACCGCAGUCACGAGUACCACGGUGUGGCGGUGAACCCACAGCAUCUUUCCGUUUGGGAGCGUCUUAUGGGCUCUGCCAAGUCUUACGACCCUGAACAAGACUGGAAGGCCAAGGUUGCCGACAUGCGUAAGGAGUGGGAGGAUGUUCAGGCCGCUCGUGGCCCUAAGGAAACGGAGAACAACCACGUUGACCAUGACAUGGGGGAAGACGGCGAAUUCUCCCAGGAGAUUCACGAGUACUUCAAGCGCUCUGCCCCUCCCGGCCUUCACAGCCGUGGCGUUCUCGGUGAGAAGAUUGCUCACGAGUCUGAGAAAUAG